AUGUCCGCCCUUGCCAGCGAUCCCGGCGAAAAGUCCCUGGCCAAGCUCCUCGCCACGCUCACCACCACCCUGCAUGAGCCCAUCUUCGUUUUCGCAACUCUUACCGACACAUCACGCCUCCCACCCCUACAAGACACACAGCUCCUGUUCAAAGAAGAGGAGGGAAUUACCGUCAUCGUCACCAGGGAUUACGCGACGGCGCACGGCAUCGACUACUUCUUCCCCUGCAAGAUGCUGACGCUCAACGUGACGUCGAGCCUCGAGGCCGUGGGCUUCAUGGCCGUGAUAGCGACGAGGCUGGCAGAGGUUGCAAUGGGCGUGAAUCCGGUCAGCGGGUUCUAUCACGACCAUUUGUUUGUGCCGCUGGGGAGGGAGCGGGAGGCUGUCGAGGUUCUGGAUCGUCUGGCAGAGGAGUAUAGACAGAGGGCGGCGACGGAGAGCUAG